AUCUAAAUUGAUGUGUUAUUAGGGAAAUGAGAGCAAAGUUGAUGGAAAUGAAGUAGGGGAUUGUGAAGAGACAAGUGGUAAGCAAACAUUGUACAUACAUACAUACAUACAUAACCUAAAACAAAUAAAACGCCCUAAUGACCCAAAAUAAAAAAAAAAGAAAAGAAAAGAAAAAAAGAAGCAAGUCCUAUAACCUUCACAAAUUCUCUCUCUCUCUCUCGGCAAAGAAGGUGGUUCUUCAUACGCUUUGUAUCCGUUUUUCGUUUCUCUGAGAACUGCAAUCUCUCUCUCUCUCUCUCUCUCUCUCUCUCCUGCCUUCCCCUCUUUUAUUUUCCCUCAACCUCUUUCUCUCUCCUCUUUCGUUUGCGAUUCCAAAUUCAUAAACUAAAAAACCAAAAAAAACCCUAAUUUCAUCGUCUUCCACAAACUUCUGGGUUCUUCGUUCAACUUCUCUGCACUUUUACUUUCGCAUUUACAGAGAUAAUUUCAAUCAACUGUUUACUUUCGGCUUUUCGUUUCCAUUUUCUGCUGCAAUUAUUCGCCGUUUUUGAGGUUGGGAUUUCGGGAUUUUCUCUCUCUCCUGCGUUUAAUUUUUUCAAUUAUUAAUCAUUUCUGGUAAUAUCGGAUUAAUUUGUUAGGGUUUCUGUAUUUCGUAUGCGUUAUUCUUGAUUAAUUCGGGUUUUGUUAUUGGGGCAGUGGUGAAAUUCAAUAAUCUGAGUAUUUUGUGGUUUGAGGGUUUUUAAAGUGUGGUAUUGACGAUAAAAUUUGUGGCGGAUUGAAAUUUGUUUAUUGGGGAAAGUGAUGAGGGUCUCAUAAGUGUGCUUCUUUUGUUCUGCAAAUCCAUCUUCUUGUUCUUCAAAGAUGGAGGAGUAGAAAUGCGUAUUGCACCAAUUCUCUUAUGCCCCAUUGUUUCUCUUUCGCCGAAUGGCAUUUUUGUUUGCGCCUCCAUUGAUACUCUUGGUGUGGGUCGGUACUUGUCUUCGCCUUUGGUUUCUUUAUUGACCGUAGGAUCGCCACAAUUAGUUUUCAAAACCCUAGUUUUAGCUGUACAGGAGGGUGGGUAGCUGUUCCAAUUCAUUUUUGAUUUAGUAUUGCUCUGGACAAUAAACCCAGCAUCGCAUUCGAGUAUCAAACCUUAGCUCUGAAGAUUGUGAUACAAGAGUUGUUUUGUGGAAAUUCAUAACUUAGAGUUGUUGACUCUAAUUGUAGUUUUGAAACUGGGAAUAGCAAAUUGAAGUCUAGUAGGAUAUUUGGUUGGAGAUUGUUGUUUUAGCCGGUUGAGAAGGGUUGAUGGUCCCAGCUUCAUAUAGGUUAGUAUCUAGAAAAAGAGAUUGACAGAAGAAGAAGAAUAAGAAGAAGAAGAGAAGGGAAGUUCAUCAGAGAUUUCAUUGGUACGUAUAUUAACAUGUUCAGCUCCUGUUAUGGAAAAAAGUGAACCCAGUUUAGUUCCGGAAUGGUUGAGAAGCACUGGAGGUGGGAAUUUGAACCACCAUGUUUCAUCUUCAAAAUCAGAUGGUCCAUUGUUAGCACUUCCGAAAAGAAAUAGGAAUUUGAAUAGCAGCGGUUACUUAGAUGCACCCCACUCCUCUGUUUUAGAGCGGAGCUCAUCAACUAAUUCUCGAAGAAUUUCAAGCAGCAAUGGCUCUAUUAAGCAAGAUAAGAACCCUUACUCGCCCUCCUUCAGAAAUUCUGCCAGAAAUCAACGUGCCAAAGAUAGAGAAAAGUUAGGCAAUCCUGAUAAUUGGGAUUCCGAAUAUUCUGAUCCUUUGGCAAGCAUUAUUGGUGGAAGGUUUGAGAAGGACACUCUUAGACGUUCUCAGUCCAUGAUCUCUAGAAGGCCAGAUGAGCUCAUGCAACGCAGAUCCGUCCCGGAUUUGAGAAGUAGAGGUCAUAACAUGAACGGCAGUGGAAAUGGAACCAUUGGUAGUCCUUCAGCUGGCACCCAGAAGGUGUCAUUUGAUAAAGAUUUCCCGUUGCUAGGAACUGAUGAGAGGCCUUCAACGCCUGAUAUAGCCAGAGUACCAUCACCUGGGAUGACUAGGGCUGUUCAGAGCUUGUCCAUUGGCACCUCUCCAUUGAUUGGCUGUGAAGGUUGGACAUCAGCUCUUGCUGAGGUUCCUGUGGCUGCCAGCAAUAGCAUUGUCUCUUCCCCUAGCUUGCAGCCAACUCCUUGUGCUGUUGGUGGUCCACCUUCUUCUGCUUCAACCUCAAGCGAUGCAGGUACUCCUAAUGGUCUGAAUAUGGCUGAAGCAUUGGUACAGGGUCCUGUGCGGCCUCAAAAUGUACAGCAGCAAGUUGUUCCGACUCAGAGGUUUGAGGAAUUGCCUUCAGUGGGAUCUAAGAAGCUGAUACCUAUGACCUCCUCGAUGCCUAAAAGCUCGGUUCUUAACCCAUCUGAUAAGCUGAAACCUAAGACAGCUGCUAGACAAAAUGAUGGUGUGGCUGGUCCUAAGAAUGGGCAGCAGCAAAUGCCAUCUUUGCAAUCUGGGAGUCAAGUUGUCCGUGGUGGGAGUGGCCGAGCAGAUGGUUUAAAUCCAUCUUCUUCAAAACUUCUUUUGCUUAAACCUGGGCGAGAAAAGGUAGUUUCUCCUGCUAUGAAGGAUGUUCCUGCUCAAACAAUGAAGGCGGCAACUGCUGUUAAUGGUCCAUCUGCUGGCUCUAAUCCAGUUUCUCUUCCUUCUAAGAAUUCUACUCUCCUGAAACAUUCUAACAAUGACCGCAAGACACCUGCUUAUAAUAUGAAUGGUGCACAAGUUGUGGAUAAGCGGCUGUCCCAUGCUCAACUUCAGAGCCGAAAUGAUUUCUUUAACUUGGUGAGGAAGAAAUCUAAGGGUGGUGCUUCUGCUGCUGUGGAUUCUGGUUCAGUUGUCUCAUCUAUUGUGCAGAAUUCUGGUGAAGAGAAGGAAAUGGCCUCUGGUCCAGCCAGUCCCACUGAUAACAGUGAGGUGAAUUGUAAUGGUGAUACUUGUAACUUGGCUGAGAGCUUUUCAGACCAAAGAGGGAGUGACUUGAGUCAUCAUGAACUCAUCCAUCCGGAGGAAGAGUUAGAUUUUUUACGUGCUCUUGGUUGGGAGGAUGAUGGUGGAGAUGAUGAAGGCCUUACAGAGGAAGAGAUAAAUGCUUUUGUUGAAAAGUACAUGAAGUGGAGACCGGAAUCGAAGCUGCUUCAAGGCUUGCAGUCAAAGUUUGUGGAAUCAAAUGCUCCAGCUUCAUGCCCUACUGGUGCUUCCUCUGAUUCUUCGCUGUGAAGACUCAAUUUUUGAUUACUAUACUGCUUCAGAAAAAUAGUGAAAGGUAGAUUUUUUUGGGUUUCUGCUUUGCUUUGUUUUUGAAUGGGAAAGCUGAUCAGGUGAGAAGGAUAUGAUAGAAAGAAAUUGGGUGUCUGUAGAACUGAACUGAGCGAACUUGGUUUUGCCAUGCAAUAAUUUCUGGCGCCUCAUUCUGCCAUUCUGGAGUUGCUAUCUUUUCUUGGCCAUGAUGACGGAGGGUGGAUGAUAGGAUUUAAUUUGUUUUGUGACGGGAGUUCUUAGAAAAUGUUCGGAAUGUGAAAAGCUUAUGGUUUUUGAUCAGUUUAUGACAAAAAGUACGAUACUAAGAGCUUUUGGUUUUUAAAUUCUGUACAUGCUCAUAUUCCCAUUCUUAGGAUGAUUUCUAAUGCCUUCCAGUUGCAAUGAUCUAAUUGCUUGCACGUGAAAAUGAGAUGAAGUUUAAUUGCUU